AUGACCACCUCCAUCUUGCCCCUCUCCGGCCCCUCCUCCAACUAUCCAGGCGCCGGCUCUUCAUCGCAAUCGACCGGAGGGCGUAGGUGGGGGCAAGCUGAUGGAGGAAGCAGCGGGAGAGGGCUGGGUUUGGGCCUCGGUCUGGAUAUGGACCAUGAGCUGGGUAAUGCAAGAGGGGGGUUAGGGCUCAUGUUGAAGAGGUUGACAAAGUUUAGAAGCAUGGAUUUCGAGCUGGCGUCCUGGACAUUGACAUAUCUUGUGGUUGCACCAAGACGAGUCUACAAGCAAACAUACCAUCAGCAAGUCGCCAAACAGACAAAGAAUCAAUGGGCUCGAGACGACCCAGCGAUGUUGAUUCUGAUAGCGGGGUGUCUAGCUUCUUCCGGAGUGGCCUGGUCUCUUGUCUAUCGUCUCCCAGCUCUGUCCUUCCUCACACUUCCACUCCUCAUGAUCUUCCGUGACUUCCUUCUCCCCUCGCUCCUCAUCGCCUUUAUCCUGUUCUUCGUCGCCAACCGACUCCUCCUCGCGCCUUCAGUACCUCACGCAUCGACGUCAGAUAACAGAGUCGAGUUCGCAUACGCGUUUGAUGUGGCGGUGAACGCCUUCUUCCCUGCUUUCCUGACGGUUUACGUCGGGUUAUUGGCCCUAGGCGUGGUGGUCGUCAGAGACAACUGGGUCUGCUUGUGGGUGGGAAACACGCUCUUCCUGAUUGCGCAAGUUCAAUACGUCUACGUGACAUACCUGGGCUACGCGGCGCUUCCAUUCGUCGCUCGGUCACAGAUCAUGCUUGCGCCUCUGCUCCCUGUCUUUGUUGGUUACCUUUUGAGUCUUUUGGGAUACAACGUGGGCAAACACGCACUGGAGCUCUAUUUCGGACAGACCUGGAACUAG